AUGAAUGUGCCAUCACACGGCCACCGGAGAACACCUAGUUCGGUCAUCCUCCCGUCUCCGGGAAAACUCAAUACGUUGCAGCGCGCGGCCCGAAGCGAAAAAGUGAAACAGACAGCGAAAGGGUCUCCUGCUAAGAUUUUCCAACGGCGAUCAAAUUCUGGACGUGCCAAACUCGUGUCGUGGUCCCAACUGCGACCCAGCAAACGCAUCUCGCGGCGCUACUCUGCGUCCUCGCUAUCGACAAUCUUCAAGCCUAUUCUUGCCCCGAGGAGCAAGCAAAGCCAGGGCACGUCAAGCAUAUAUAGCCGUGACGUGAGGGAGCUGAGUUUUACAGGCGGAGUAGAUCGUCAAGGAGGAGACGCUGAGGGCAACGACCCAGUUGUAUCUGGGUUGUCAUCCGGAAAGGGCAGUCACUUGCCUCACAAACCAUCAGCAUCUAUUGACCAUCUGAAGUCCAAGAUUGACAACUGGGACCUUCACACGGGCGAUCUGGAUGCGUCCGUGAUCCCUCGUUCAGCUAUCAAACGCUCGAUUUCAGAUUCUGGGCUCCGUCUCUCUACCUCUCGGAACGAAGGACGUCCCGCGAGCGGGCAAGGGGCUUGCGGUUUGGCGGACGAAGGUCCCGAGAGAUCCAUCCCGCUCAUUCAGAUUGGACGAUCCAGCGACGAUGUUUUCGGUAUUGAAGCAGACGGCUUCCAAGCCCACGAAGCGGGCAAGUUGAUGAAGCGCCUUAGGCCUUUCAACACAGCACCAAUCGUUCUGGGUGGCUUGGGUCACGGUACGGCACCCGGCGGUGGGGAGUGGAUCUGA